CCUCUCUCUCUCUCUGUCCAGAAUUUGUAGAGCUAAAGAAGGGGAAGCAGGCAGCUCUCAGCCCCCCAGGAUGGCAGACCAGAAGCGCCUUGCCUACUCCAUCAUCCAGUUCCUCCACGACCAGCUGCAGAAUGGAGGCCUCUCUCCAGAUGCUCAGGAGAGCCUGGAAGUGGCCAUCCAGUGCCUGGAGACAGCCUUUGGGGUCUCGAUGGAAGACCAGGGCCUGGCUGUGGCCCAGACUCUGCCUGCAAUAUUUGAAGCUGCUGUAGGAAAGGAGCCUGAGCACAUCAGGACGAAUUCAGAGCCUGUCACCCCCUCUGAAGAUGACAUGGCUGAAGCUGAAAGGCUCAAGACUGAAGGAAAUGAACAAAUGAAGGCAGAAAACUUUGAAGCUGCUGUGUCCUUCUAUGGCAAAGCAAUUGAGCUGAAUCCAUCCAAUGCAGUCUACUUCUGCAACAGAGCUGCUGCCUACAGCAAGCUGGGGAAUUAUGCUGGAGCUGUGAGGGACUGUGAGAGGGCCAUAGGCAUUGACCCCAACUACAGCAAAGCCUAUGGCAGGAUGGGCUUGGCCCUUUCCAGUUUGAACAAGCACCCAGAGGCUGUGGUGUACUACAAGAAAGCCCUGGAGCUGGAUCCAGACAAUGACACCUACAAAUCCAACCUGAAAAUAGCUGAGCAGAAGAUGAAGGAGACCCCAAGUCCUACUGGUGGCCCAGGAGGAUUCGACCUGGCUGGCUUGCUGAACAACCCUGGCUUCAUGAGCAUGGCCUCCAACCUCAUGAACAACCCUCAAGUACAGCAGCUCAUGUCUGGGAUGAUUUCUGGUGGGCACAGCACCAUGGGAGCAGCAGGCACCAGCCCCUCCACCAACGACCUUGCCACCCUCAUCCAGGCGGGCCAGCAGUUUGCCCAGCAGAUGCAGCAGCAGAACCCUGAACUAAUAGAGCAGCUCAGGAGCCAGAUCAGGAGUCGAACUCCCAGUGCCAGCAACGAGGACCAGCAGGAAUGAGCCCUCCAGCACCAACCCCUGAGUGUGAACUCUGUUCUUUGCUUUAAACCACAACAACAAACUGGAAGCCAUGUGAGUGGUGUUGCCAUUUCUGGAGGUGGAAGUGUCCAAGAGAGGAAGGGGAGGGAGAAACUGAAUCCCUUCCCCCUCCCCCCUCAAAAACCAGCAAACAAUGGAAAACAAAAUCAAACCCAACCCAA